UCAGCGCUGCACGCUUUCUGCUCUGUGUGUGUGUCGGAGUUUAAGUUGGCGUGGUGUUUUUGGGGGGGGUUUUAGCUCGUUUACACACACUCCUGUAUUUCUCCUCUCCUUUAGGGCUUUUCUCUGUCUUUUGAGCUCGGUACAAAUCUCCUGCGAAACCCAAGAGCGACAGAAGUUGCAACUUUUUUUAAACCAGCCUGGCGACAUGGACAUGAAAAAGAGGAUCCAUUUGGAGCUCAGAAACAGGACACCGUCUGAUGUGCAGGAACUCGUUCUGGAGAACUGCAGAUCGAACGAAGGGAAGAUCGAAGGCCUCACUGCUGAAUUCGUCAAUCUCGAAUAUCUCAGUUUGAUAAACGUGGGAUUAGUCUCCGUGUCCAACCUGCCCAAACUCGCCAAGCUCAAAAAGUUGGAACUCAGUGAUAACAGAAUCUCCGGCGGCCUCGACGUUUUAGCCGAGAAACUCCCGAACCUGACACAUCUAGACCUGAGUGGAAACAAACUGAAAGACAUCAGCACGCUGGAACCUCUGAAAAAACUCGACCACUUGAAGAGUCUCGAUCUUUUCAACUGUGAAGUGACUAAUCUGAACGGAUAUCGGGAGAGUGUGUUCAAAUUGCUGCCUCAGCUCACAUAUCUGGACGGAUACGACGCCGAGGACCGCGAAGCUUCCGACUCAGACGGAGAGGUGGACGGCGUGGACGAGGACGAAGACGAGGAGGGUGAGGAGGAAGAGGAGGAGGACGUUGAGGAGGAAGACUUUGAUGAAGAAGAGGAUGAAGAUGAAGAUGAGGACGAGGUAGAAGGAGAGGAAGACGACGAAGAUGUCAGUGGAGAGGAUGAGGAGGAAGACUUUGGCCAGGAUGGAGAGGUGGAUGAUGAUGAGGAGGAUGAAGAAGAAGAAGUCGUCACGACGGGAGAGAAAAGGAAGAGAGAAGCCGACGAUGAAGAUGACGACGAUGAUGACGAUGAUGAAUAAAAUCCAACCAGCCAGUCAGCUUCCUCUUCUCCUUCUUAACCCCAUCCUCCCCCUUUUUACUCACUGACCUCAGUUGCCCCGCCCCUCAUUUUUCCUUCCAUGUAUUUCUACCCCAUUGGGGAUAAGACUGUACCGCAUGGGCGGGGCAUGUGGAACCGAGAGAGAGAGAGAGAGCGCGCGUGUGUGCCAUUGGUCGGUCCACUCAGCAUUCCACAUGUUCAACUCCAAUCCCUGCCCAUGUUCCACCCCUUCCCCCUCCUGCGUGUGUUUGUGUGUGAAGAGCCUGUGUGAGGACUUUGGGGAUCUAGUUUUGGGUCUGUGCUUUUAAUAUUUUGUUGGAGACUUGUUUUUUUUUUUUUUCUUUCCCUUAUUUUUUUUUUUUGUUUCUUUUGGUUCACUUUCUCAAUAAGAUUAUCGCUAUAGCAACCGUGUGACAAGCGAGCCAUAAUUUUUUUUAGCAUGGCGGCUCGUCACACACCUCCGUGUCACUGCUAAAUUUUUACUUUCUGUAAUACGAAGAAUACAAACUUUGUAAAUAAAAUGACAUUUUGUGCUUCGA